CUUUAGUGUGGUGAUAACUGACACUUAAAAUGUUUGGGAAAGAAGUAUUUAUGUAAGUAAUCCUCUACAUAUCAGUUAAAUAGUGUGUUCUCAUUGCAAAUAGUAUCAGCAUAAUGGAGAUAAUACCCGUCCAAUGCAGUACGUAAUCUCACACAUUCAUUUAUCAAGUUUAGUUUUUACAGUAAGAGACAGACACCCUGACAUGAAGAAUUAGGAAAGCUGCUACUAUAUCUCCACUACAUCAUGAUCAACAUGUUCCAGUUUUAGACUUUAAGAAAUGGGAGAGUUCCUUUAGUGCAAGACUGGGCUAAUUCAUGUCAUACUAAAAUCAUUAAAUUUGAGGGUGCUUAAUUGGGUCUCAUUGUGUUCAGUACCCAAUCAUAUCAGCUGUUAGUGACUGCUGUAAUAUGCUAUAACUCAAUGUUAAUCAGAAUAAUAAUGAAUUAUGUACAAAUUGAAGAUGAUGCACAGCAGAGGAUUAGUAAUUUAGUAUGUCAAUUUAGUAAUGACAUAUACAGUCUGCUUCAGAUUAUCCUAACCUAAUAAACUUAUGCAAAGCUGAACCACAUAGGUUAGUGACAGAUUUAUUAUUUUGAAAACAUAUUGUACAUGAGAUGAAGUGUAAAGGAAUUACAAUGCAAGUCCAAAUUGUAUGUAAUAUAAAAGUUAGCCAAGUUGAGCUAAGGUAAUGAUCUGUGUCGGAAUUCAAAAUACUGUAGUACUUUCUUAAUUGGGGCGUUUUUUGCUCAUCACCAUGUUGAAGCCACUAUCAGACAGUGAUCAAUGAACAGCAAGAACCACUCUAGAACUAAUGCUAUCAUAAAAACAUGCUCUGGGACACCUAUCUGCGUGCAUGAGUACAGAUUUACUGACCAUGACGACAGCAGCUGUGGAGUACUUCAAAAUAGCCACUAUGAAAAUAAUUCAAUAUCAGCUCUGUGGGCUGUUAAUUUACUUCAAAUUAAGAGAUAAUUCAAUCAAAGCGAUUUCAAAUUAACCAACAUGUCAUGCCAAAACAAAAACAAACAAAAAAAAAAACAAGAAAAAGAGAGAGAUUGAGAGAGAAAAUAUUGGGGUAUGUAUUGUUUUUAUUUCAAAAUAAAGCAAUAUUUCAAAAUAACCAAUUUUUAAUAUAAGUGGAGUAAGCUGUAAUGGAUGGGCAGGUAAAAUAUCAUAUGACCACUUCAGGAGGUACUCUACAUUGUCAUAAUGGCUGACUUCCUUUUAAAACAUGGAUGAAAAUAUAGAUAUCAGCAAUAUUUGUCUAUUCAUUUUAAGUAUCAUUGCGUAGCUGCAUGAGUUCAUUAGGUUGACAUGUUGACUGCUGAACGUUAGAUCGUGGGUUCGAAUCCAAUAGGGGUUUUAUUUUUUUUUUUUUAGAUUGCUUCGUACUAAAACUGCAUUUUUCGAAUAAAUAAAGUAAAUUUUAAAGUUUUCAAUUUCAAAAUAUUGUUGUACAUAUCCUCCACUUUUCAUCCAUAUCAAAUUUCUCUGGUGUAGCAUAUACCUCCUUAAAUCCUUAAAAGAGAGAUAAUUCAGACAUAUAUAUGUAACUAUUUGAUAAUCCUUCACGAUUCUUAAAAUUUUAAGUACUCAUAACUCCACAUUACAAUUAAGAGGUGUGUCAGUGGAAUGUUCAAUGAGCAUAGUGAAGACAGGAUUAAACUAAAGAGCUUUCUACAAGCAGAGGCUUGACUGGGACAGGAAAUUUGUCACUGGGUCUCCGGAUAUUCGCACAAGGAAACAAUUUAAAAAGUUGUGUUUUUUUUAACAUUUUUUUUUGUUGACAAUUAAGGCAUUAAAAAGUUUAAUUAAUGCAUGAUGGAGCUGCUGACACCAUCUUUUCCUAUAAGGACACAAAUUGCAUCACGGAAGAUAAAUUGACACUCUAUGGAUGUGAAGAUGUUACUUGUGUAGUUUCAAGUGCUACGUAGAUAUACAACUAUGAAGUACAUGAUGAAGUAACAGAGAGAGCAGUAUUUGUACUGUAUGCUUAAUUCUGCACUAAAGAGUGGAAGAUUAUAUAUAUUUAUGACAGACAGUAAAAUGCUGAGGUGGACAGGCAAUGGAUGUUUGUUCACUGGGCUCAGAUAUAUGGAAGUAUAUGUACAAUAAAUGGAUUGAAUUGGAUUCUUCCAAGAAGUUGAAAGAUGUUUUAGAAGAAUUCAAUGGUGAUGGCUGCUUGUCCAAGUACAACCCAGAGGAGCCAAUUGGAUAUGACUGUUUUGUGUUGUUUAUGGAGACAUAUUUGGAUGCUCAACUGCCAGAGGAACUAUGCAAACAUCUAUUCUUCUCCUUCAUGAAAAAGCCUUCACAAGCGGUGCCGGCGCCGCAGACAGUGGGUAAGGAUCUGCAUCUUAAGGAUGUGGCGGCCGUCACCGCAUCCCAGACUGUUUGUGCUCCCAUUACACAUUUGGGGACUGAAAUUCUGGUUGAAAAAGAUAGGCACCAUUCAGGAUUAGCUGAAAAACUCCAUGGCUUAACUGAAAAACUUAGUCUUCACAACCUGGGCCAUAGUCGGCAUGAUAGUGGAAGUGGUGAAAUAGGGAGGCGGAGUCGAGCAGAAUGUAUGUCGGUCGAUGUACCCUCAAACGAGAAUGGUUCUACAUCAUUUUCUACUCAUACAUCUGUUGCCAUGAUGGCCAAUCCCAGUGUGGAAAAGUCCUUGAUGGCUAGAGAUGACAGUCUGAUGGAUGCAACCACCCACUCUCGCUCAUCCUCAAAGAAAUCCAAUCACAGCAUACACUCCACUCAUAAUGGUCAUUCAGUAGAUUCUGUAGAUCCAUGGUUACCUCAAUCCAAUUCCUCCUUACCUCGGGGCAACAAUGUCGAGCUAAAGUCGGUACAGAAACGCUCUGACAGCAGUGAUAUCAAGGCUGGUCAUAUCUAUCUGAAGGACCUAGUGUGUUUCUUGUCUCUACUAGAAGCAGGCCGACCAGAAGACAAACUAGAAUUUAUGUUUAGGCUGUAUGACACAGAUGGAAAUGGCUUCCUAGAUGCCAGCGAAUUAGACUGCAUCGUGAACCAGAUGAUGUCGGUGGCAGAAAAUUUAGGCUGGGAUGUUAGUGAAUUGAAACCUAUAUUACAAGACCUGUUGAAGGAGAUUGACUAUGACUCGGAUGGCACUGUUUCCUUGGAGGAAUGGAAGAGAGGUGGUUUAACCACAAUCCCACUCCUCGUGCUGUUAGGUCUGGACACAAAUGUGAAAGAUGAUGGGACUCACACAUGGAGAUUGAAACAUUUUAACUACAAAUUAAAACCAGCGUACUGUAACCUCUGUCUCAACCUACUGGUGGGGCUGGGAAAGCAGGGUCUGUGCUGUACAUUUUGUAAAUACACAGUCCAUGAGAGGUGUGUACAGAGGGCCCCAGCCUGCUGUAUAACAACAUAUGUUAAAUCAAAGAGAACUCCGCAGGAUCGACCACAGACUCUGAACCAUCAUUGGGUGGAAGGUAAUUGUCCAGGAAAGUGUGAUAAGUGUAAGAAAUCCAUCAAGACAUACAAUGGCCUUACAGGAGUGCACUGCCGAUGGUGUCAUGUAUCUCUGCACAAUAAGUGCACUUCUCAAGUGAAACCCGAGUGUGACUUGGGGGAGUUCAGAGAGCACACCCUUCCUCCAACAUCCAUCUGCCCAGCAGUGCUGGGUCCAAGGUCAGGAAAAAAUGAAAAGAAGGAACUACAGCGAUCAGAUUCAGCGACCUUUGAUUGCUCGAAAAUAGACCAAAGUUUAUAUUUUGGUCAAAGUUCGUUUCAAAUCUCGCCUGUCCCAGGAUCUCAUCCAUUGCUUGUGUUUGUGAAUCCCAAGAGUGGAGGAAAGCAGGGUGCAAAAUUAAUUAGAAAGUUCCAGUAUCUUCUGAAUCCAAGACAAGUAUAUGACAUGAUCAAGCACGGGCCGACUCAGGGGUUGCAGUUCUACAAGGACGUUCCAGGUGCCCGUAUACUGGUGUGUGGAGGGGACGGGACGGUGGGUUGGCUCAUUGAUGCCAUGGACAAAAUGGGCCUCACCGAGCGUCCCCCUGUUGCUGUUCUCCCCCUGGGAACAGGGAAUGACUUAGCGAGAUGUCUGAGAUGGGGAGGAGGUUAUGACGGUGAAAAUCCAGUGAAGACUCUUCAAAAGGUCUCUCAGAGUACGAAGAUUAUGAUGGACAGGUGGAAGAUAGAGUUUAGUAAACCGGAGGAGGGAGAGGAAGAGGAGGAGGGGGACCCCAUUCCAUGCAAUAUCAUCAAUAACUAUUUUUCCAUUGGUGUUGAUGCAUCUAUCGCUCACAGAUUCCAUCUAAUGAGAGAAAAACAUCCUGAAAAAUUCAAUAGCCGGAUGAAAAAUAAGAUGUGGUAUUUUGAAUUUUACACCUCAGAGACUUUAUCAGCCACAUGUAAAAACCUUCAUGAAGAAAUCGACAUAAUGUGUGAUGGGUAUGCCUUAGAUUUAGCCAAUGGACCCAGGUUAGAGGGUAUUGCUCUUUUAAAUAUUCCAAGUAUCUACGGUGGUACCAAUCUAUGGGGAGACAACCCCAGCCAAAAGAAGCGCAGAAAAGCUCAGAAGGCCGCCAAGAAGGACAAGGACAGGGAGUUCUCUACCAGCAGCAUGUCUUCAGCAGAACUUGCCAUUGCUGUGCAAGAUGUUGGAGAUAACAUGAUAGAGGUUGUGGGUCUGGAGAACAGUGUGCACAUGGGUCAGGUCUAUGCUGGUCUGAGGGCCUCAGGGAGGCGCCUUGCUCAGUGCACUCAGGUUGUGAUCAGAACAAGGAAAAGAUUUCCAAUGCAGAUUGAUGGUGAACCGUGGUUGCAGCCACCUUGUACAAUAAAUAUAACGCAUAAAAACCAAGUACCUAUGCUCAUGGGACCUUCCUCAACAAAAAAGUCAUCCAUUUUCAAAAUCUUCAAAAAGUAAAGGCAUUGUGAGUAAAGAAACAAAAGUACCAAUGGCAGCAGAAUAUAUGACUUACAAAUCCCAAACUUUACCCCUUAACAAGAUGUUGGAACACAGCUUCAUUGCAGUAGAAUUACAGUUUGAUCAACUUAUCAGUUUUGUUUAGAAAAAGCCUAAAUGAGUAGUUUGGGUUACUUGUAUUCUUUGACUAGGUUCUUGGAAUUCCCCAAGGCUUGUGAAAAUUAACCUUGUGCCGGUUUACACCGUCGUAGCUUCAUUCCAGAGAAGAGAACUAUACCAGUCACAGUUAUGUGUUUAUUUAUCAGUAACUGUAUGUUGUCAUAUGACUGUAACCUUCACCACUUCAGGGAGGACAAAUGGGGCAGGUCAGCAUGCACAAACAGAAAUUGUGUGUGAGAAACCAAAGAAAUUCCAGGGUACACUUUGAUUUCACAUUUUAGAUACAGGGAAUUGGAGAACACUUUCUAAUUUUAGAUACGGGGUAUUGGAGAACACUUUCUAAUUUUAGAUACAGAGUAUUGGAGAACACUUUCUAUCAUUAAUAAUGGCUUUUCAUACCCUGGUUUGUAGAGUACUUUUGAAAUAUUGAUACGAGACUUGUGUGGAGUGGAGCUCAAUUUCAGUGAUGCAUGUAACUUGCUCCAUAACUGUGUUGUGGAAUACCACAAGACUUGAUCAUAUUUGAUGUGAGCCCAAAAACAAAAACACAUGGAGCUAUUGAGAAUGUAGACCUAGUAAUAUUUAUCACUUUCAUGCACGGAAUUUCAAUUGACAAAAUAAGAGUUUUACAGAGAAGGUACUUAAAAGUCUAUUGUUUGUGAAGGCAAUUAGAAGAUCAUUUGAUCCAUCUUCAACUGGAACAAUUAAGUUGAAAUUGAAACCUGGUUUAAUAUUGUAAAUGCCCUAUCUAUGAUGUGUAUUUCAUUUAGUAUGACAUAGCUUCUAAAAUGACAAAGUGCUAGAACAAAUAGGUUAUAUAUUCCAAAAUUUAGCUUUGUAAUUAUUAUUUGAUAAAUUUUCAUAUUAAAAGAAAAGUCAAAUUAGCAAGCACUUAAAGAGAAAAGCGUAUUUAUGACAGGAAUUUGAAUUAUUUUUUGCAUUAUUUGAUUUUAAUCUGUUAAAACAUGUACAUACAGGUUUGUAAUUGCUGGCAAUUGCAAUGUAUUGUACAUAUAAUGAGCAUUUUACUCGUGUGUAGUAUCUAAGAUACAUAUGAGAUUGAUCAACUCUGAAAUGAACAAGCAUGAAAUCUAGAAUUCAUUUUAUCUAGGUUGUUGUUUUAAUAGGGAAUCCAGAAAUUUAGACUCUAGUGAGUUUAUAGACCGUAAGGAGUUUUUAGGAGUCUUCCGUUCAUUCCGACAGCAUUCAUUAUUGACGAGGUGUUAAUGAUUAAAAGUGAAUACUUUUUGCUCGCCUAAAUUUGAAUGUUCUUGAGGCAUUGUAGUUUGCUUAAAAAUUCUUGCCCUUUGUUACUAUAAUUUUGUAAAAGAAAUCUUGUUCACAAGUAUAUUGACUAAAUAUAGCACACAGUUAUCCUUGCACCAAGACACUUUAUAGUGAUUGAUUUGGAGUUAUAAAUUGCAUCAUAAGUUCCAGCUGGACUCUAACAGUUUUAGUGGUAUGAGUUAAGGUCUUACUGCAGCAGAUUUUAUUGUUUGAUAUUCAACACAUCCAUGAACUUGUGAAUUCUCAUUGUUUGUCGAUUGCCAUGUUUUCUGAUUGAUGUUGUGUAAUUCUUUGUUACCUGAAUAUAGCUUCACCCCUUCUUCUUUGUACAUGUACAUGUAUACACAUUCAUUGUCUUUUAAAAUUGUUUAAUUGUUCAAUCACAGGUGCUUUUCUGUAAGCAUAAGCAUUAACAAUUAGCAGCAAAAAGUAAACUGAUGAGAGAAAUGGUUAUGUUACUGUGGUGGUUUUUUUUGUUCAAGGUGAAGAUACAGGUCAUAUCUGUAUUCUUGUUUGUUUGUUUUUUGUUGUUUUUUUUUUAUUUUAUUUUUAUUUUUUUUUUAAUUUUAUAGAUAAGCUACUUUUUCCUGUAUCAAAUGUUUUCCUAACCUUUAUGUUUUAGUUUAAGUAUGUAAGUAAAUUAUUUAUCAUAUUGACAUGUAUAUUGCAGUACAUGUAGAAUGAUUAUGUUGAUAAUUCAUGAACAGCUAGACACAGCCCAAAGGACCUAUUGGAAUAUUCAUCAUGAAAAAGAAAUGCAAUGACUAGGUAUAAAUGGAAUGAGACACUGUCAGUAGUACGGAGUUUGAUUUUAGGUAUAAAUGGAAUGAGACACUGUCAGUAGUACGGAGUUUGAUUUCCUCUCAUAUCUUUGUUUUAUUUACAAAGUGUGCAAUUUUCCAUGUAAAAUUACAGCAAGAAAUAGAACAUAUUUAUCCAUUUUAAUCACUGCUUCAACCUUGUAUUGUCUGCUUUCUACUACUGGUGGGGAGGGGGGGGGGUUCAUGUACCUUAAAAAAGAUGUGAUGCUUAUUCAAAAAUCAAUGUUGAUAUAUAGAGGUCAAUGUUUAUCUCAAUAUCUGCACUAUGUAGUACAGGUAUGUGUAAAUGUUGUUUAAAAGAAGAAAUUUUUUUUUUAAUUGGAACAUGUAUGGGGAUUGCCGCCAGCUGUAAUGUAUGUCCAUCUUCAUGCCCUGCAAUAUUUUGGAAAAUGGUGAUAAAAAUCCCACAUACCUAGAAACUGGCUAUUGGUAGAGUGUUUGUCCAUUAAAUAAAUUUGGAUUUAUCUGCAGAUAGAAUUUUCAAAAGACAAGCUUCACAUUGCAUAGGACACAUGCAUUUGUGAUAAACAUGAAUUUGACAGUAGCUGUUUGUGUACAAAUAUAUGUGUGUGUCUCUUCAUUAUCAGAUUUUUUCCUUUAAACCCUUUGCGUUAAACCAGAAUAUUGGUGGUGCUUGCAAAAUUAAACUUGAAUUUUUAUUUUUUUUUAUUGUCUAUGAUGGGAUAUGCUCCAUAGACACUUGUUCAAACAUGUCUGCGUUGUUAUUAAAAUUUUGUACAGUUUUGUUUAAUAUUUGUAAAUCAAUGUCCUUAGGAUGCCUCUCUCUAUAUAUACUAUAGAUAUUUUUGAUUGUUGAGAUUUUUUGUUGGUCAAUAUAUAAAUGGCAGAUACCAAAUAUCUUGAUUUUUUAUAUAAUCAUACAAAUAUGCUCAUCCAGACGUAAAUAUUGUUUGUUUAUGCGUUGAAAUGCGUACUAGAAUAUGAAAUGUAAUUUUUAAUAUAUCUGUUUAGUGUUUGACUAAUACAAUGCUUGAUUAAAUAAACUCUUGUUUUGAUUUAAGUAUCAGAUAUGAUGGGGUCUCGAGAGAGAUCUCCUGAAGAAAUCAUUGUGUAUUAUGAUUGUGUUGAAACUUCAUUGUUUAUAUAUAUAUAUAUAUAUAUAUAUAUAUAUAUAUAUAUAAACAAUGUUAUUGAGAUUUAAUUUGUGUAAAUUGUGUAAUAAUUACUCGGUAAUGUUAACGUUAUGAAUUCCUCCGUUACCAAAUAAAUAUUUCACGAGUCUG